GUUUGAUUUUUUCAAGUUUAAAUAUUUGUUAUCUGCUGUUCUACAUUGUAGAAUUUAUUUGGAAAAAUUAAGUUCGACUCAAUAAUAAUGAAGCUCCUGUUAAUUUACGGAAUUGUCUUGGUGCUAAUUGAACUAUCCCAGGGAACAACUCCUUUUGACUUGCACAAUAAAGAAUACGAGAAAUGUACAGUGUUGCAUAAUUUACAACAGCUGUUGAAUACAGAUUGGUCACUGAGCACUUUAUCGGACGUUAAAUGUCUACAUAUGCAAAAUAGCAACGUAGAACACUUAACGAAUUGUACGUUUAAUAUUUUUCCAAAUUUACAAUACUUAAAUCUUGCUGGCAAUAAUAUUCAAAAUCGGAAUUUAGAAUUUAUAUCAAGAAUGCAAAACUUAAAAACACUUGUUCUUGACAAAGCUUACAGAACAAGCACACCUGGUGAGGAUGAAUUUCUCCUUAACGCCGAAUCAGCAACUUUAGAAUCGCUAUUCCUGAGUAAUAAUGGAAUUAAAAAAUUGAUCAUCUCCAGUAAAAUGCACCUGGAAAAUGUCACUACAUUAAUUUUGAAUAAUAACGACAUUCAAGAGAUCAGUACUGAGGUGAAUGGUGUCCUUUUAGAGGAAAAUUUUAAUUGGUUACCACAGUCUUUAAAGUAUCUUAAUAUCGCGAACAACAAACUUAAAAAUUUAAUUAUAAUCAAUAAGACCGAACUUUUUGAGGUGAAUGCACAAUGGAAUGAACUCAAUACCCUAACACUGGAAAAUCUUCCUAAUCUCGAAAAUCUUUACAUUAGAGAAAAAUCUCUUAAUCAAAUAUCCAUCAAAAAUCUCCCUAAACUUAAGGAUUUGACACUUGAACUCUUGAAUUCAGAAAGAAUUCUACUUUCCAAUAUCAGUGAUCUUCCUUCCCUCGAAGAGUUACAUUUAAAUUGCAACAACCUCUUAUAUUUUGAUGGUCAAAUUAUAACCCAUAUGCCAUCGCUCAGAACAUUGGUUAUCGAAAACGGUUCAUUGACAAACAUCCCAAGAAUCCAAGAUGGCAAAAAUUUAAUCAAUCUCCUUCUUUCACGUAACAAAAUUGAAGAAUUAACAUCAGAAGAUUUUUUUUCUAUACCGAACCUGGAGGAACUGAAUUUAUCACAUAAUUCAAUCAAGAAUCUAGAAUCAUCAACAUUUUCACCUUUAAAGAAUCUACGAAUUCUGAACUUGGAACACAAUUUGUUAGAAAUUGCAUCACUAUUCACAUUCAAUGCAUUUUCUAAUCUGGAAAUUUUAAAAUUAUCCAACAAUAGACUUCGAUUUUUCGAUGGAAUUAUUGUCGAUAAUAAUCCAGAGCUUAUUGAACUUGACUUGGGAAAUAAUUUGUUGGAAAAUUUUCCCACAAUAAAUAAUGGGAUUGAAAAAUUUAAAAUUCUUGUAUUUGCAUUCAAAUCAAUUGGAAAUGAUGCCAAUGGAUUGGUUGUUGCCCUUGAAGAAUCUUAA